GUCAAUCGAUGGAAUUUCCCGUGAGGGACUUGGGCUGAGGGGGGAGGCAGCAGAGAAAGAACGCCUGGCUGUCAUUUGGAAUGAGUUGAGAGAGAGGUUGCGCUGUGCUGCUCAUACAAGAUCCAAUUGGAAUAUACUACGAGCCUCUCUGCGAAGAAGUUAACGGGGAAACUCAGCUGUCACAUCAACACUGCAUGGUUUAUGGAAAGUUAAAACUGGAGCAUGAAGAACAUACCUACAAUUAUGUUAAUUUUCCCGGCUUUGGAACUAUUACUGGUUUUAUGUCCUGGUCUAUUUGAAGCAAUACCUUUUGGUAAUGCAAGCACUCCUGCUGGCACGGAAUACAAUGCUGCUGUUACGAGCCUCGUGGAUAUGUUAAAUAUUAAUGCAACAAUUGACAACAGUUUACCAGAAGGGGGGCUAAACCUUCCCAAAACAGUAGCCCCCAUGCCGGUGUCUACUUCUGCAACUACCACAGCUCAACCAACAAGGGUAGACCUGGCAACAACAACGACAGCAACUGGAGCCGCACAGACACCCCCGCCACCACCAAGAACGAUAAAAACAAAAACUGAAACUACUGCAACACAAACCACCACAGCAACGAACAUGGUAGAAGCAACUUCCAGCAUCAGCAAAGAAAAAUCUACAACAAUACUUAGCACUGCUCAAACAGUUUCUGCUACAACCUUAAUGACAACGGCGUCCACCACCGCUGUGAUGGCUUUCAACAGAACGGGUACACCACCUGCUACUGACUUUACCGUGCAGCCAAGCAGUCAAGACUACAUGUGUAACUGCAGCAGCACGGGGAGCCCCAGCAUGGAUCAGUGUAAUGAGACAACGGGUCAGUGUGAGUGUUACCCUGGCUACACCGGCCUGCAGUGCACGGACUGUGAGGAGGGCUAUUUCACAAAUGGAACCGGAGAGGUAUGCAUGCCAUGUGGAUGUGAUACUACAGGAGCACUCCAUUCACUUUGUGACAGCUCUGGUAUUUGCACAUGCAAAAAGGGGGUUUACGGUUCCAAGUGUGAUGAGUGCCAGCCUGGCUAUUUCCGAUUCAGUGACACUGGAUGUCAACCAUGUCAGUGCAACAACCACUCAAGUUCCUGUCUGCCGCAGUCAGGCACCUGUCUGAACUGCCAAGGCAGCACAGAAGGACCCCUCUGUGAAAAAUGCAAAUAUAAUUUCUACAGGCCCAGUGCUGCCCUUACAGACAGCUGUGAGCCCUGCCCCUGUUCCACGGUGAUGUCCACAGGCAGCUGUCACAUUGACACCAAUGGACAGCCUGUAUGCGACCAGUGCCAGCUUCAGUACAGAGGACCUCACUGUGACAAGUGCAAGGAUGGGUAUUACAGCUCCGACAGCAUCUGCAUGCCGUGUGAGUGCAAUGGGAAUGUGGACCCCAGGACAUCACCACGCGUCUGCGACCCUGACACAGGCCAGUGCCUGAACUGUUUCAAUAACACUGCUGGCAAGCACUGUGAGAAAUGCGCGGAGGGAUACGUCGGAGAGGACUGCAGUGAACUCUUAAUUCCAACCACUGUUCCUCCGACAACACAAACCACCACAACACUGUCAACCACCACCAUGUCGACCGUGACGACUACCAACCUCACCACGCUGCUGACCACCCCCACCACCCAUGCCGUCCUGCCCACUCUGCCCAGUGCCAGUGAGAACAUCACCACAACCGCCACUGUCAGUGAGGUGUCCUGGACCCAGUUCAACAUCAUCAUCCUGGCGGUCAUCAUUGUGCUGGUGGUAGUGCUCAUGGGCUUUGUGGGGGGCGUCUACAUGUACCGCGAAUACCAGAACCGCAAACUUAACGCCCCCUUCUGGACCAUCGAGCUCAAAGAGGACAACAUCAGCUUCAGCAGCUACCACGACAGCAUCCCCAAUGCAGAUGUAUCAGGUUUGCUAGAGGACGAAGGGAAUGAAGUGGCACCAAAUGGUCAACUAUCCUUGAGUACUCCUAUAAACAUGUAUAAUGCUUAAACCCCAUUCAAAAAAGACUUUAUGAAAAUAGACCAGCAUUGUUUUUUUUAAUGUUCGAUUAUAACCAGGACUGGACAUCUUGUGUAAGGGAUGAAAUAUGUUUCGUGAAGACGACAGGGGAGCUGACAUGUUAGGAAGAACUCCCUAAAAUGGAUUGACACAGAGACAUGUUCUCUAGUAGCACUGAACGGGAAGGUACUUGGAAACUGUGGUGCAAAAAGUGGGAUUUACCUCACCUUCAUAAAACUGGAUAUAACACAGAAGAUCAGGUCUCCUGUGCAUCACCACAAAAUAUUACAACCAGUGGCCCUCAAAAAUAAGUGACUGAAUUCACUAUAAAAUUGCCCAGGCAAUAUUGGAACCCUUGUUUUCCAAGGGAACGCAUAAAGCAGAGAUGCAGUUGGUCAGACAACUGUCAAAGCAGCCUUGCGUUUGCAAGUAAAAAAAAAAAAAAAAAAAAAACUUGGUGGAUAACUGCUUAAAAAAAUACUUUCUGUGCAGAUGUUGACCACAGACAGCUGCUGGUAUAAAAACCAAGCACUGCACAAAGAUGUUAUACAAAAAUUAAAAAAUGACUAAUGGAUAUUAUUUAAUUAAUGGGGAACCUGUAUGAACCUACAAUAAGGGCAAUGGCAAUAAAGAGUUUCAGAAAAACAAAUCAAUGACAUACAACUGAUACAGCGUGUACUGCAUAUUGGGACUGUCUCUACCAUGUCAUUGCUUUUGUGUUUUAAGAAAGGCAUAAUGUGUCUGUUCAUAAGAGUGUACAGAAGAGGGCAGUAUUGCUAAGGGCUGGGACCAUUAUUAUAUGGUGUUCUGUAUCCUUCUGUUGAUCUACAUACUAAAUGUCAUGAAGGAGGGAUGAACUGCAGUCAGCUGGGUAGCUCAGUGUGAUAGAAGUUGCACAGAGAGCAAGAGACUUGGAUUCAUAUCCAGAAUCUGAAAUAUGUUUAUGCUACUGUUUCUGAUAACAUAUGCACAGACUGUGUACAUAAUCUAGAAUAUUUUCCCCAAAUCAGAGUUUUCCCAAGCUUCUUAAUCUAUUACUUUGCUUGGGAACAUUUGUUUGUUGCUUGCUGUCUUAGCAGAUAAAACCUUUAACAGAACUGAAGCCUGUUAACUGUUUGAUCUAUUCCCAGAGAGGUAAACUGCAUGUGUAACUUGUAUGAUACCAAGUGUUUAAGGUGGAAAGGCCCUAUAAAACACGGUGUAGUACAAUCUUCCUUUUUAGCAUUAUAGUGUAGAGAGCUUCUAUUGGAAACAUGACAUCGUCUACUCUUCACCAGACCCCCUUAUGACUGUAUUCCUUUAUUAUUAUUAUUAGUUUAUCCAAGGCGACUUACAGAGACUAGGGUGUGUGAACUAUGCAUCAGCUGCAGAGUCACUUACAAUUACAUCUCACCCGAAAGACGGAGCACAAGGAGGUUAAGUGACUUGCUCAGGGUCACACAAUGAGUCAGUGGCUGAGGUGGGAUUUGAACCGGGGACCUCCUGAUUACAAACCCUUUUCUUUAACCACUGGACCACACAGCCUCCUUGGAGUGAUUACAAAUGUAUUUAACUGAGGGAGCUACAGAUGUUUUUAUAAAACUCAGAGCAUGUUUGGAAAAUUGGCCCUUAAGACAUCAACAACUUUUGAGAGAAUCCAGCUGCUAGGAAACGGACACUCACUGAUGAGCCAAAUGCCCUCCUCUUGUUCGAAAUGCUUAUGUUCAUUUUUACAGAAUCAAGGUUUUAAAUCACAAUAUGCUUGAAUUUCCAGCCCUCCCUCGCUAGGAGAGAGGACUGAAUGUAUUGAAUAAAUACUAGUCAAACAUACCCAUCUGUUGCAAUACAUUUCAAAUGCAUUAACUGAGGUGCACUUUAUUGUAAAAUGAAAAAAACAUUACAUAAAUGGACAGCUUCAUUAAGUGUUGGUGGGCCCUCCAUUGGCGUUGAUCUACAGUAUACCUCAAUAAAAAUGUAUAUUUUGACCAUACAACACAGAUUGUUUAUGAAUAACAAACAUGCUCCCUGAGAAGCAAACAAAAAGCUGUAUUGAAACCCAACAAAUUAGCAUAGAGGUACAUUGUAUCCGUCUGUGUCAGACAGUUACAUUGAGCGUGCUUCAUUUAUCCCCCUUUUUUGAUAAAGCAUUAGGACAUUUUAAAAAUAAAUGUAUUUAUGGAUAUAAUUUAGUUCCACUAGGGUUUAAUUUAACCUGGAAGCCGGCACAGCACUAGUUGUUCUACAAUACUUUGCAUAAUUUAAGAUCUAAAACAUAAAAGAGAAAAACACAUAUAAUAAUAAUAAUAAUAAUAAUAAUAAUAAUAAUAAUAAUAAUAAUAAUAAUAAUAAUAAUAAUAAUAAUAAUAAUAAUCUUUAUUUUGUAUAGCGCCUAAAUGCAGUCAUCUGAAAGCACUGAACAAUUUAGAACAAUAACACUAAAAACAACAAAACUAAAUACAACAGAUGCACAAGCAUGUAGUUAAAAAUAGCACAGAUUAUAAAAUAAAACAUUGCACAAUGACAUAAACCUAACCAUGAUGAAAUGCCUGGACAUAGAGAUGCAUUUUUAGUUGUUUUUUAAACGCUUCAGCAGUAUUAGCGUCCUUGAUCACCUACGGAAGAUUAUUCCAAAGUCCAGGCGCAUAACAGCAACAAGCCCCGUCAUCCAUAGAACGAAGCUUAGCCUUUGGAAUCCUUAACAGACCCGAAUUCACAGAGCGAAGGUUACGUGUGGGAAUGUAUCUCGUUAACAAAUCAUAUGUUACACUGAGAGUAUGUUUCAUUAUGACUGUGGUGGUGCUCCAUGUCAAUUUUCAGAAAUAUCACCGUUAUAACAUGACCUGAUUAGCAGUUGUUUUACAAGAAACAUAACAUUAUUGUAACUGAGUUAAUCAUCAACCAGUCAUUCUAGUAAUGAAAGGAUUACAGUACUGUAAAAAAAAAGUGGUUAUGUCAGCAUGUCCUGUCCUGUGUGUUACUUACUGGUACCACAAUAUCUAAAACCAUGUUAAAGGUAUACAUUGUAUCAUACAUACCAGAUAUGGGAGACCUUUGACAUUAGUUCCACAACAUACUCUUGGCGUUGGCGUUUGAAAAUUACUAUUUCACAGAAAGGAAAGAGAAGAUUUGAUAGACUAAGCAGAUAAUAUAUUUUCUCAUUGAAUUAAUUACUUUAUUGAAAGUGUGUUUCCAUAACCCUCAGACUGAACAUUGAUGUAGUAUUGGUAGAUAACCCAAUCUAUAGUAUUUUAGGACUGAUAUUUAAAAUUCAUAGAUACUCUGAUUUUGUAGGUGCAGCAUUUUCUUUGGACUAAAUUUCUAGGUAUGAGUUCUGAAAACUGAAUAAAAAAACUGUUAGAACCAACUGUUGGAUACACAGUACUGAGUGCUUAAUGUGUACCUGCCUUUAUGAAAGUAACAAAUCUCAUACUAUGUUUUGUUCUCAAAUGCAUGCUGUUUGAGAAUUUAAUAUUUUCAGUCAGGCAUAAUAUAAUGCACCAACUUAUUCUUCAAAUUCUCAACCCAGUUUUCUCCAUUGUGCAAAUUGUUGCUUGCGCUAAAGACAGAGCCAAUCCACUGCCAGGGACGUUUGUUUUUGGUACUUGGCAGUUGAGUGGCGUGGGAGCGGAGGUGGAGUGUCAACGCUUCCACACAGCGACCGUCUGUUUUCUAUUGUUUUACAACUCUAUUUUAAGUGGUGUUUUUUUUUCUUACUGGAAAGCAGUGUUACCAAAUCUGCGUAUUAAAAAUAAGAGGUUUUUGGAAUUGUUUUCAGAAUGGUCACUUAUUUUUGGGUUUCAUUUAGAAUGUAAUAGAAAUCACCCCUGGUAAGUAAAUACCAGUUGUGUUUCUUUGAAAUAAUAUUUAACCAAUGAUGAUAUCCAUUUGGUCCUGCGCUUUUCUGUAUAUAUGGUAAGAUCGACUGGUGAAUAGCAAAUCACUGCAUUUGAUUUAUUUUGCCCAAGCUCAUUGCUGCUUUCUCGUCCCACUUGGGACUGCCAUUUCUCCUACACAUUGAAUGCUUAGUAGAGUUUGUGUCGUGUAGUUGGUUGUAAAGUAUCAGGCUAUUUUAGUUUCUAAUAUGCCAAAUAUGUGGGUUAAAUACGGCAAAACGUACUGUAAAGAGUGGGAGCAACAGAAUAACCUAAAAGAUUGGAUUAAACCAAUGGUAGGAGACAUCAGCCAGUCACAUGUAGGUACUGUAAAUUUGAAAUACGUGCACAUCAGCACAGACAAACACAAGAAAAAUGCACAGCCGUUUUCAUCCAUGCACCUUACAGAUACUGGAUUUACUGUGUCUAAACCUUGUGCAACCAUGCGUCAAACAGAGCUUAAACUGGCCUGUUACGUUGCUUGCCACACAGAAGUUAGUUCUGUUGAUCACCGGGGAGAGCUUGUUGGAUCAGGUUUUGAGAAAGAAGUGAACCUGCAUUGUACACAGUGUAUGGCAUUGAUAAACAACGCUAUUGCACCCUGCACGUCCGCCGUUUUUAGUGUUUCUUUGGCAGGGGCAAACCUUAAUAAUGCACAGGAAACAAAUCUAGAAGCAAGUAAACAAGUACAAUUAAGGCUUCCAGCAAAUAUUAGUCUGUGAAAAUCCAUGUCGGCAUUUGGUCCACCAGUUAUUCUCUCACAGGCCAAACCUUAUCUUGUGUCUGUCUCCAUCUCAGGAUAGUUUAAAGAGACUUGGGCAUCAUGGAUGCUCACUAUCAAGCCAUCAACUUCUCGCAGUGGAAGACCAAGGAUGACAAAAAUGCAUCAGAGUCCUGGGUAAAGGUUUACGACUGACCGAUGCUAAUGGUGAAUAGUGCUGAACAGUGUUGUUUACAGUCUCCCUAGUGGCCAUGCCUCUGGCAAUGCUGAUGUGCAACAAAUGUUCCCUCAGAUGAACAUAAUGAAGUCCAACCACAAGGACCAUGGUGGGUAAGGAGUCUCUGACCUGCAUACUGAAAGUCUGUUAUGCUACAGCAUUUCAAAGUGAACAUGUACCACAGUGAGGCAGCAGAAGCAUCGGGGCCUGAAGAUAGUGAGGACAACCAGGGUUUCUAGUUUUUCAUGCUUUACAGGUAAGAAAUAGUUUCGUAUUGGUUUGAAAAAGGUGCAAUAUUUAGUUAAAGUUUAUAUAUAGCUAGCAAUAAUAAAUUAGCAACCUAUUUACUUUCAAUAUGGCAUUACUGUAAUAUAUGUUGUGUUGUAGCAUUUUACAGUAGUUGGACAACUUAACUUUAAGGCUUGCAGUCUGCCAUCCGAUGUGGGUUGGGCUUGUUUCAAAGGUUGACUGGGUGUAUUUUUCUGGUCUGACCUGGCAAAACUGCUGUGCUCGAGCUUGGAAAAAUGAUCCUGGAUUUCAUGGCAGUAUUUCGUAUUGUAAUACUUUGUAUAUGUUGUGGAAUACGUGAUUUGUAAACUUGUAACACUAGUACAGUACUUUUUCAGAUAAACAUGUUAUGAUUUUGAUGUGCGGCUCUUAAGAACAGUAUUAUUGUCAUUGCUUGCGCCCCAGCACCUCUUCCUUUACAAAUUAAGCACUGGCAGUACUGUUGUACUUAUUGAAGCACAAGCAUUUAAUAAUACAUCUUGGAGUGUUCCGUGAUAUUUUAGAGUUAGUACUAAUAAGUUUUCCCUUUGUAUGGGUUAAUACACAACCCUGGAUUGUUUUGCACUUGGUAUUGAUGCUUUGGAAUGUCAUGCAAUAAACCACUUUGGAAAUGCUUAGUAAUGGCUAGGAAGCAUAGAUUCUCAGGAAAAGCCCCUAUGUAUAUAUGUAAAUAAGAAUCAAAUGGUACUAGAUGUGAUUUACAGUAUCAUUGAAUCUGAAUAUGAGAGAUGCUGCUGGAUUCACAAUUGGAAAUGGAACCAUAACUAAUAAUAUCCCAGCCCUUCCUAGUUUUACCUCCCUUUAUAAUGAUGUAAAAAGUUAAAUGAAUACCAUGAUGUACAUAUUGUGAACUAAUAUUGCAUAUAUUUAAUAAAACAGUUUUUUUUUUGUC